GCCUGACGCGACGCGUUAAGUGCUUCUAAUGCCUGUUCGUGAAAUCAUGUCCUUUCGACUUCCAUGCCGCUCGACUUGGGAUUGCCACCCACUCUCCAUCCCGAACGCCUUGUAGACACGCUCCAGAACUCCGAGAACGUCGCACCUGGCCAUUCGAAAAGGAUUUCUGUCUAUCACGACGCAAAAUGGCAAGCUUUUUUGAUAUCAAGGCAAGGAAGCAAGCCGCGGCCAACGGCGCUACGUCGGCCAAGCAGGAAAAGCAGAACCCAGAAGCCACCCGAGCCCAGCCUUGGGUCGAGAAAUAUCGCCCGAAGACCCUCAGCGAUGUCACUGCUCAGGACCAUACCGUGACGGUGCUCCAGCGCACUCUGCAAGCCUCUAAUCUUCCUCAUAUGCUCUUUUAUGGUCCACCCGGAACAGGAAAGACAUCUACGGUGCUCGCGCUUGCCAAGGAGCUCUUCGGCCCGGAGCUGAUGAGGUCGCGUGUCCUGGAACUCAAUGCCUCAGACGAGCGUGGAAUAUCGAUUGUGCGGGAGAAGGUCAAGGACUUUGCGCGCAUGCAACUUACGAACCCACCCCCUGGCUAUGACAGGUCCAAGUAUCCAUGCCCACCGUUCAAGAUCAUCAUCCUCGAUGAGGCGGACUCCAUGACCCAGGAUGCUCAGAGCGCCCUCCGCCGUACCAUGGAGACCUACAGCAAAAUCACCCGCUUCUGCCUCAUCUGUAACUACGUCACCCGUAUCAUCGACCCGCUAGCCUCACGUUGCAGCAAAUUCAGGUUCAAGAGCCUCGACCAAGGCAACGCCAAAGCACGCCUCGAGCACAUUGCCGAAAAGGAAUGUGUCGCUCUUGAGCCGGGGGCUGUCGAUGCGCUCAUCAAGAGCAGCGAAGGCGAUUUGAGAAAGGCCAUAACCUUUCUGCAGAGCGCCGCACGAUUGGUGGGAGCGGGCCGUGCAUCUGGCGAAGGCGAACAGGACACGAUGGAUGUUGACUCGAAGGCUGUGACAGCACAGAUUGUCGAGGAUAUCGCAGGCGUGAUCCCGACUGCGACAAUCGACGGUCUCGUUGAGGCCAUGAGACCUCGUGGCAGUGGGCAGACGUACCAAUCAGUUGCCAAGGUUGUCGAGAACAUGGUUGCGGAUGGGUGGAGUGCCACUCAGGUUGUCUCGCAGCUCUUCCAAGCCAUCAUGUAUGACGAGGAGAUCCCAGAUGUCCAAAAGAAUGCGAUUUCAAUAGUGUUCUCGGAGAUUGACAAGCGCCUUGUUGACGGUGCUGACGAGCAUCUAUCGAUAUUGGACUUGGGUUUGAGGUUGUCUGUGAUAAUGUCCAGCAGGAUAUAGCUGGAGGCUGUUUAUUCAAUGGGCCAAGUGUACGACAACCGACUACACUGCUUACCCGACAAACCAGGGCUCCUUCAGCACGGGGAGGAAGGAUUUCACCUGCACACAUUGGCAGAUAGCCCAUUGCACAUGGAAUAGAGUAGCUAGGGUUAUCAGUGCGUGUGCGACGAAACAGCUAAUAAAAUG